AUGAAAUCAUCACAGGCGCACGUGGCGACGAAUUUGCCACAGGCGCAAGUGGCGACGACAUCGCCACAGGCGCGCGUGGCUACAACAUCGCCACAGGCGCGCGUGGCGACGGCGCUCGUGGCGACGAAAUCACCACAGGCGCGCGUGGUGACAUCGCAAGUGGCGGACGUGGCGUCAAAAUCGCAUGUAGCGCAGGUGGCGCUAGUGGCGCUCAUGGCGCCGAAAGGGUCAAUAUCGCCACUGGUGCAUGUGGCUACGAAAUUGCCAGUGGCGCGCAAUAACCCAGGGGCGUGUCUAGCGGAACUCCUCCAGCGAGCAUGA